CUCUCUCUCCUCACAACACUACUACUCCCUUCCCCAUUCGGCACUCCAUCUCUCUCUCUCUCUCUCUCUCCGAGACAUUUUUCACUCUCUCUCUAGAUCUCUCUUCAAUCUUGAUAUUAUCAGCUCAUUUCCUCUGUUUAAUUUGUGAGCGACACUACUUCCCAACAAACAGAUAGAUAUAUACGUCUGAACUCUGUAUUCUAAUAUAUAUAUAUGUAUACGCGCGCGCGCGCGCUUUCGUGAGAUGAGAGGAAUAUGGUGACGGCAAUGAGAGGUUAAUCUUUUGACCGGCCGGCCGGAGAUGGGGAAGAAAGGAAGCGGCUGGUUCUCCUCCGUUAAGAAAGUCUUCAAACAUUCUUCUAAGGACUCGCCCGACAAAAAGAAGGAGAUCGGUGAGAAAUGGCAGCAUGAUGCCGCGGAGGUGGUGUCAUUUGAGCAUUUUCCAGCGGAGAGCUCGCCGGACGUAACGAACGAUGAGAGAACAACCGAAUCUUCAACUCCUCUAAAUAAUGGUCAUCAAGAUAGAAGCCACGCCAUUGCUGUUGCUGCUGCAACUGCUGCUGCCGCUGAAGCAGCUGUUGCCGCGGCACAAGCUGCCGCUAAAGUUGUCCGAUUGGCCGGUUAUGGCCGUCACUCUAGGGAAGAACGAGCUGCAAUCUUCAUUCAGUCAUAUUACAGAGGCUACCUAGCUCGGCGCGCUUUGCGUGCAUUGAAGGGAUUGGUGAGGCUACAAGCAUUGGUGAGAGGAAAUAACGUUCGGAAGCAGGCACAAAUGACGAUGCGAUGCAUGCAGGCAUUAGUGCGUGUCCAAGCAAGGGUACGAGCUCGACGGCUCGAAUUAACCAAAGACAAGCUUCACAAGAAGGAGGAUGAUCAGGAAGAUUACGAUGAAGAUGAAGAGGAAAGAAGAGCUUUGAUGGAGGAAGAAGAGCAAAAGUCCAAGAGUCCUCUGAAAAAAUAUGAAAUGCAAAGUGCGAAUGGGAGUAGGCAUCAAAGGCGUCAAAGUUUCAAGGAAAAUGCUUCAAGGAAGCAUGAUGCUGCGGUCAAAAGAGAGAGGGCUCUCGCUUAUGCUUAUAGCUAUCAAAGACAACAACUUCUUCAGUCAAGUCCGGAUGGACCUGAAUUUGGGCUCCAGCCCAAUAUGCCCGAUAAGGCCCAAUGGGGAUGGAAUUGGCUCGAGCGGUGGAUGUCAUCGCAACCCCACCAAGACCGCCACUCAGGCCCACGAGAUACCUCCUACGGAACACCCAUCACCACUACGACUGCCAGCGACUUGUCGGAGAAGACAGUUGAAAUGGACAUUGCCGCACCUUCAAGCUCGCCUCACGUCAAUAUGAGCCGACUCAAUCCAGACAUGAUUGAUUCAGACAUGUAUUCAAUCCGGCAACAACGCCAGCAAGGGUCGAAUAACAUCCCGAGUUACAUGGCCCCGACCCAAUCUGCCAAGGCCAAGGUCCGAGGCCAAGGCUCGGGCAAGCAGAUUAGCCCGCCAACUCCCCAAUGGAACCCUUCAACGAGGAAGGGGUCGGUUGUUGGGUCUGGGUGUGAUUCGUCGAGCUCGGGCGGUGGGACAACAAACUACCUGAUCCCAAGAAGCCCAAGCCCGAAAAGUAGUGGGCCGCGUGGGCUGGCUAGAGGGGCUGUGGGCUUUGGGCCUGAUUCACCCCACGGUGAUGAUUGGGGCCUGCCGCUUGCUGUUCACAGUUGGAGACAUGAUUUCGGUUAGUUGUAAGUUAAUAUGUGGUGUGACAUAAAUUUCCAUUUGCAAGACUUUUUGUUUAUAAUGUGUGGAAAAAACAUUGUAUUAUUUAUUUUAAUUGUGUUAUGGACAUGGAUCCACGAGGCUUUGUAAUAAUAUAAUAUUAAUUUAUUGUGAAAUAUUAUAUAAAAUUGUGUCUUUAUGUAUC